CUGUUCUCCCUUUGAAAUCCCUUGCGCGGUUUCAUAUAUAUUCAUCUCCACGUCCAGCUAGCUGGAUUCACUUCUCAUCUUUUAACCUCACUUGUUAAUUCUCUGUCGCAUCAGAUAUCAAUUGGACCUAUUGUGAAUAGAUCCUUCAAUCCGUGAGCAUCAUGGCCGCCCAAGAAAAUCCCCAAGCGUUCGAAAAGGACUUCGGAAACAGCUCCGAUGGCAUCAACGGAGCUGCUCCCACCCACCAGCUGUCCGCUGAGGACACAGCUAGGGCUGCUGCGCGCUUCGGAUAUGGACCUCUCGCUCACGUCAACACCGCUGAGGCUCAACUCCGUCCCUUCGGUGGUGAGUUCCAACCUGGUCUGUACAAGUCUGUCGAGCACCGCAAGUUCGGUAACCCAGCCCCUCUGGGCCUGUCUGCUUUCGCCCUCACCACUUUCGUGCUAAGCGCGAUUAACAUGGGUACGCGCGACAUCGCUGAGCCCAAUAUUGUGGUCGCUUUGGCUUUCGGCUAUGGUGGUCUCGUUCAAUUGCUUGCUGGCAUGUGGGAAAUGGCCGUUGGUAACACCUUUGGUGCCACCGCUCUGUCUUCUUAUGGUGGUUUCUGGCUUGCUUUCGCGAUUAUCCUGACCCCAGGUGGAUUCGAGAUUGCGGAGGCUCUCGGAGGCGCAGGUACACCACAGUUCGAUAACUCUUUCGGAUUGUUCCUCUUUGGAUGGUUUAUCUUCACCACUAUCCUGCUGUUUUGCACCCUGAGAUCCACCGUAGCCUUCUUCUUGCUGUUUUUCUUCCUGGAUCUGACCUUCUUGCUCCUUGGUAUUGGUUAUAUCCACCGCAACUCCGAGGGCAAGCCCAACCCCCCCGUCAUCAAGGCCGGUGGCUUCUUCGGUCUCCUGGCAGCAUUUGCAGCUUGGUACAACGCCCUCGCCGGUAUUGCGGACAACAGCAACAGCUUCUUCAUCCUCCCCGUCGCCCAUUUCCCCUGGUCUCCUACUGCUCGCAGCCGCAAGUCCGAGCGCGAGACCGUUUAGAUUAUUGCGCGGUGUGAAGGUCGAUGAUCAUAACUCGAUUGGGCCGGGAUCUUGUCCCGGCGUUUCCUUUUUUGUCAGAUACCCAUUCUUGUAAGAUCAUUGCUGCGAGAAUGUAAUGCCGUGUCAGCA